AUGGCCAAGAAGACGAUCGUUACCAGCCAGCCCAAUCUGGCUUAUCGCCCGUAUGGGCAGCUGCCUGAGACCCUCCACCUCCAGUACCAGCCUCCGACUCCAGCUCCGGCUGCUGCUUCACCGACUCCCACUACGCUUCCCACCCCCAGCCCCAAAGUAGAGUCAAUCAACCCGGCAGACUACUCGCAGCCCUUCUGCGAUUUCAUGACGAACCAUCCCACCAUCUUCCACGCCGUCGACGGUUUCGCCAAACAACUUGAGAGCAAGGGUUACGAGUACCUGUCCGAGCGGGAACUGUGGACUUCGAGGCUUGAACGUGGAGGAAAAUACUAUACCAAGCGGAAUGGAAGUGCUCUUAUCGCAUUCGCGAUCGGCCGCGAGUACAAGAGCGGAAACGGCGCAGCCAUUAUCGCCGGCCACAUUGAUGCCCUCACGGCCAAGCUCAAGCCCGUCUCCAAGCUCCCCAACAAGGCCGGUUACGCUCAGCUAGCCGUUGCGCCCUAUGCUGGAGCACUCGGCAAGACAUGGUGGGACCGUGAUCUCUCCAUUGGCGGGCGAGUUCUCGUCCGCGAUGCCAGCUCGGGCAAGGUAGAGUCCAAGCUCGUGAAGCUUGACUGGCCAAUUGCUCGUAUCCCAACGCUUGCAGAGCACUUUGGUGCUCCAUCUCAGGGUCCCUUCAACAAGGAAACCCAGAUGGUCCCUAUCAUUGGGGUCGACAACUCCGACCUCUUAGGAUCCGCGGACGGCGCUGCCAAUGCUACAGAUGAAGGGAUCGAGCAGGGCACAUUCGCUGCUACGCAGCCCUCCAAGCUCGUCAAGGUUAUCUCUCACGAACUAGGUAUCACAGACUACAGCAGCAUUCUCAACUGGGAGCUGGAGCUCUACGACAGCCAGCCCGCACGCAUCGGUGGUCUCGACAAGGACUUUAUCUUCGCCGGCCGCAUUGACGACAAACUCUGCUGCUACGCCGCGCAGGAAGCCCUCAUCGCUUCAUCCGACGACACCUCCCAGUCCUCUAUCAAGAUGGUCGGCUACUUCGACGACGAAGAAAUCGGCUCUCUCCUCCGCCAAGGCGCCCGCUCCAACUUCAUGUCUAGCGUCAUCGAGCGCAUCACGCAAGCCUUCGCCACAAACUAUGGGCCAGACCUCCUCGCCCAAACUGUCGCAAACAGCUUCCUAAUCUCCUCCGACGUCAUCCACGCCGUAAACCCUAACUUCCUCAACGUUUACCUAGAGAAACACUCCCCUCGUCUCAACGUCGGCGUGACCGUCUCCGCCGACUCAAAUGGCCACAUGACGACAGACAGCGUAAGCACAGGCUUCAUCCAUCGCGUUGCUGACCGCGUCGGCUCGAAGCUGCAGGUCUUCCAGAUCCGCAACGACUCCCGUAGCGGCGGAACGAUCGGGCCUAUGACCAGCGCGAGGAUUGGAAUGAGAGCGAUCGAUGUGGGUAUCCCACAGCUGAGUAUGCAUAGUAUUCGCGCGACAACAGGAAGCCUGGAUCCUGGUCUUGGUGUUAAGCUGUUCAAGGGUUUCUUUGAUUACUUUGAAGAAGUGGAUAAGGAGUUUACUGCUUUUUAG